UGUGAAUGUCAGCAUAAAGCGCAUACGCAUCAACUAAAAGAAGUGAAAAUUCUGACUACGACGACAGCAGUAGAAUUAGAGCAUAAAUUUAAACCCUUGGAACGUAUUACAAAAACAAUUGGGCCACAGAGCACCAACUGGACAAACAAUUCCAUAAAUAUAUCGCAACAAUAACGCACCGUCUCUAUGCCGUAUAGAUCACACGCAGGCAAAACGUCAAAGACUUGGUAAUCAAUUUGUGGUGCCACGAAAUAGGUGGUGGUGCGUUUGAAUUGAUAGAUUACAAAACUGAAGUGCACAAACGUGUGUUUGUGAGAAAGUGAACAGGCCACACAAAUAACAAAAUGUCCAGCGCCGGUGAAGAGCCACGCGUAGCAGAAAUUGCCGCAUCCAGUAUUCGUUCCGGGUUAGCUGAACUUGAAUUGAAAUCGGCGCAAGUAUUGCGAGGUCUGGAAAAUAUUAAAACCGCACCAAUUAAUGAAACACCCGUUGCGUUGCCGGAAAGUGCCGCAGACACUGUUGACGCUGGUGGAAAUGCCAACACACAAAAUGAAGCGAACUCGCCGCCCGAUAUUCCAACUACGCCAAAACAUACAACACUGUUGUAUGGCGACUGUAAGCCACCGGGCGAAAUAUUAAAAUCGCUCGAAACCCUAAUCACUUAUUCUGAGUCCGAUGAUGAUCCGGAAUUUCCCCUACCUGGCCUGGAUGAUGUGGCACAAUUAGCGUUAAUAUCGCAUAGUAUUGUUGCCUACCUUACGCAUCUAGAUCGCCAGCACUUAGUGCGCGUAUCCAGCAGCAUUGCCGGAGACACCACACGCUGGCUGGGUACACUCUUUCGUUUCCUCGAUCCGGGCAGUAGUUUUCACACAGACAACGCCGAUGCUAUACUGCGAGCAGUGCGUUUGGCGAUAGUGGCACGUUGUCCUGGCUACCUCGAAGGUGGCAUACCAGCAUUAGCGCAUCCAUGCUUCUACAUUUCGGAAAAUACAACACCGCUGCGACUGCAAUAUGCUUGCCGUCAGCUGGGCAUACCCUUGGAUGCGAUACGUCUGAUACCGGCCAACAGUACUUUCGGCACAAUGGAUCUAUCGCUGCUGCUCAAACAGGUGCAAGCAGAUUUGAGUGCCAAUCGUACACCCUUACUAGUGGUGGCUGAUGUGGGUGCGUCAUUGUGUGGUUACGUUGACAAUUUGCAGCGCAUGAGUGACAUCUGCCGGACGCACAACAUUUGGCUGCAUGCCACUGGGCAUGGAUUGGCAGCGCUGGCGUGCGCGCAGGGGCCAAAUACGAUCAGCGGCAUUGUUGACUCAAUUGUUUUGAAUUUGGGCAGUUGGUUGGGCGUACCAAGCCUACCCAUAGUGCUACUUCAUCGUCAAUUGCAAAAUUCUGCACUAACCGCCUUCGAAUCGGAUCCGAUACUAUCGCGUCGCCUACAUUCGCUAUCGCUAUGGACCAGCCUGCAAGCUUUAGGACGCGAUGCAAUUGCCGAACGUAUUCAUGUUGCAUUCCAAACGUGUAGUAUUCUCUUUGAGAUCACAUCCAAGUGUGAAGGUGUGCGUGUAGUGAGUCGCGCACCUGGCGGCCAAUCAGGCACCACGCUGAACGAUGUCAUAAAUAAGCCUUUAGACGCUAAUUUGCUUUUCGAGACUGUUGCAUCUGUGGUGGUAUUUCAAUUCGAUGGCAGCGCCACUGUACCAACAACAGUCGGUAAAACCGAUAACGAGCAUUUGAACGCGUUGGAGAAUAGCGGUAAGGUGUUCGAGAAGCUCGGUAAUGCCUCGUACUUUGAUCGCUUGAAUUCUUGGUUGGGACAAAUUCUGCAACGCGAUUGCCCUAAUUUUGAUUUCGAAAUCAUUGAGCAUCCCACACAAGGUACUUGCGUCCGCUACUGCCCACUGGAGUUGGGUUUGGGCGAGCAGCCGCCCACAUCGGAGAAUUUAGAGAGUUUCGCUCAUUUUCUCGAUGGCAAUGUGGAUAUUUUACGCUCUACGAUUAAACACAAAGCCACAUUUAUACGGUUGGUGGAGAAGAGCGAUGUGCUGCGUAUGGUGAAUCUGCCCGAAUGGGCGGGUAUGGGUGGUGUGCGUUUUGUGCCCGAAGGUUGGGAGUCAUUACUCACCGAUCAAGCCAAAACAGAGUUAAAUAAGCUAAAUGCCGAUCUCGUUGAAGCAUUAAAGUCAACCGAUAAUGCGUUCUCGCUGGGCGAGGGCAUAGAUGGACUAAUCUGCGUGCGCUUCGGCAUGGUUACGCGUGAAACAGAUGUCGAAGAGCUGUUGGAUUUAGUUGUUUCGGUGGGCAAGAGUGUGCAAGAGAAUUCAAGGGUGUUGGAUACCAUGUCGGAAAUCGUGAAAAAGGGCAUCGAGGCUGCCACCGCCGAUUUGCAGCGCGAAACCGAGGAGAAGAUGUGGCAAGACGGCAUACUGCGACAUGUGCCCGUUGUGGGGCGUGUCUUCAAUUGGUGGUCACCGCCCGCUAAAGAGGCUGGUGGUAUCAAAGGACGCAGUCUCAAUCUAACGCAAGGCGUUGUCGAGAGCACCGAAAACAUUUACAGAUAUCACAUGCAAAUGUCGGGCUCGCCACAUCAAACAGGACGCUCACCACCCACACCCAUGGUGCAAACUCCCGUCAUCUCCGCUGCCAAUGCAGCGCCGCCAGUCUUUCCCGAUCCAGCAUCACAAAUGCAAACAGCACCAUUACAACAACAACAACAGCAGCAGCAGCAGCUGCAAACGCAACAGUCAACUACGAAUAGUAUCGCUGAGGCCAGUGAUGGUCAUGCGCGCAAUAUAAGCCAAAGUAGUGAACAUUCUUCGGUGCCUGAAUUGGUGCCCGUCAAUAACGCGAAUGCGAUUGUAAUUAAUAAUGGCAAAUAAAUCAGUAGUACUAGGAACUUUUCGAAUUACAAAAAAAUUUUAUGUAAUGCAAUAAAAACAAAAAUUAUUGUCAGCUAGCAAAGCCAACAAUGCAUUGCAAAAACGAUGUUGGAGCUUGGAUAUGCGUCAGACGUACUUCAAGGUCAAAAGUGUUUAUAAAUGUCACAAGCUUCUCUUAGAUAUGUAAAAAAAAAAGAAAAAAAGAAGGCAUAGUGCAUAAUAGAAAGCAUUUUUGUAUUUUUGGCAAAGUUAUGCAGUAGUAAAAAAUGCAAUAAAAAAGGCAUGAAGAGCAACGAACUUCCGAAAGUAGUGCACGAAAAAACUAAUAGAAAAAUGCAAUGCAAUUCGUGCUCAUAAUGUCGAAUGUCAAUUGACGCGUUAGAAAAUUAUUAAGAAAAAUAGAUCGCGUACUUUUCAUAAUGUAUUAUCUACCCCUAUUGAUAUGUAUGUAUAUAUACGUGCAUACAUACAUAUGUAUACUUUAUUAUUUACAUAUAUCUGCAUCAUAUUUUAUCCCCUUUAUUAAUUUACGCGUACCAUAUUUUAAUUUCAAUACGCACCUUAUAGAAUAAAGGGCAUUCAUUGUAUCUAUGCCAAGAAGCGAAUUUUAGAAACUUUUCAAAUCGUUUAAAAUAUUGAACAGGAGCAAUUUUCUUCUCACAGAUACGAGUAUGUCAGGGUAGCCAAUUAAGUAACGUACAAAACUAUGUCGGUUGAAAUUUUAUGUAACGAGCUGGUAUUCUUUUUUGUCAACAAUUUCUACGUAAAAUCAUUCCCUUUACUUUUAGUGAAAAUACGAAAAUAUGUCUAAAGCGGUUUCUUAUUAAAAAUGAAAAACAAAUUGUGAGAGAAGAUAAUAAGCGUUUUUUAUAAAGCAGUUUUAGCUAAGCUAUGCAAAUUUUAACGAUAAUUGUGUAUGUGAUUUCAUUAAUUCCUUUCCCAUUAGUUUAAAUCAAUGGCCUUUAUUUCAUUGUGGUUUAUUCUGCUAAUAUUAUUUUGCCUCCUUUCGUAUUUUAAUUACCUAAUUUUUCUUUUGAAGUGUAUGUACUGCUUUAUUCUACAUAUUCUUCCAUAUUCUACAAGAAGAAAUUUCAACUAUCGUACUUUAUUAUAGUAAAUCAUUAUUAUUAUAUAU